AUGCCGAGGUACUCAGCCAAAGAAGCCAAGAAGGGAGACGACGAAGUUUCAGAGCAUGUGCCGUCACAGCACCCAGGCAGCUUGACGGAAAGUAUGAUGGAUCUGAAGAAAGCGAGGAGCUCGCUCGGUGGGCAAAGUAGGCGCCAAUUACACCUCUUUGAUCUAAUUGCUACAUACGGUAGUGUACCUGAGGACCCCGAGGCUGAGACCGCCCAGAGGGGACUGUCUCAUGGUUGCCUCCAGUUCAAGAUGUUUUAUCCGCCUACUUUCGUCUGUCCACCCGUCAGCAUCGGUGACCCCCGAACCGUCAGCCGAGGUCCAUCGCGUGCAAGGGGCUCGCGUGCAAGGGCAUAUGAUGCAUUUACCCUGGAACAACACGCCGUUAUGACUGCCCCUUUGCACGAUGUUGUUUCCAAGUCAUUUGACUACAUCAUCAUCGGUGGCGGCACCGCCGGUCUGGCCUUGGCGGCGCGCCUUACCGAUGAUCCUAACACGACGGUCUGUGUUCUUGAAGCUGGAGACGCCAACCUUCACGAUCCCGCCCUCUUGACCCCCGUAUCCUAUUUGCGCCACUUCGGGGACAAAGACUACGACUGGAAUUUUUAUACAACCAAGCAGAAGUUGGUCAGCGACAGGGAAUUUCAAUGGAACCGCGGUCGAGGCCUUGGAGGGUCUUCAGGCAUCAACUUCUUGAUAUGGACAAAGCCACCUGCUGACGAGAUCAACGACAUCGAGCGUCUAGGAAACCCCGGUUGGAACUGGAAAAAUUUUCAGAAGUAUUCACAGAAGGUCGAGCGGUUCAUUGAGCCAGCCCCUGAGCAAAAGCAGAGGUUCGGUUUGCCCGGAUACGAGAACGACGUCUCCAGGCAAGGCUCCGUCGCCUUCGGAUUUCCCAAGACCAUCAGCGAUGUUGAUCUUAUUGCACACCAGACCCUGGCCAACGCUGGCAUUCCGCCGGCGCAGCGACCAUAUGGUGGGGACCCGAGUGGAUAUGCAUGGAUGAUGAACAGCCAAGACCCAAGGACUGGCACACGGUCAUAUGCCACGACAGCAUACUACCUACCUAACAAAGACCGCAAAAACCUCACCGUGCUUGUACGCGCACUGGUUAGCAAGAUUCUCACCGAAGACGGCGCCGACGGCAAGCUGAACGCAGCGGGUGUUGAAUUCAUUUACGACGACACGAAGACAUAUGUCGUGCAUGCGAAGAAAGAAGUCAUCCUCUCCGCCGGAACCAUAAAAUCUCCGCACAUCCUAGAGCUCUCAGGCAUAGGGCGGCGCGACGUGCUCGAAAAGGCCGGCGUCCCAGUCAAGAUGGACCUGCCAAGAGUGGGCGAGAACGUCCAGGAGCACUACCUCGCCUUCUUCACCUUCGAACUGAAAUCCGACUACGACGGGGCGACCUUCGACUGUCUCCGGACGCCGAACACACUCCCUGCGCAGCAGGAGCUCUACAGCAAACGCGGCGAGGGCGCGUUCACGAUGGGCAUGCAGACGUCGGCCUUCCUGCCUGUCGAAAAGGUCACCCCGAAGGCACACGAGAUCUACGCCAAGGCGAAGGCGCAGGUCGAGCGGCUCGCCCGCGAGGGCAUGCCGCCCGGCCUGCUCGAGCAGUACACGAUCCAGCUCGAGCGCCUCGAGCCCGGCAAGCACCAGACGGGACCGGGCUGCGAGGUCUUCUUCGUCCCCGCCAAGAUCGUGCCCGACAUGCCGAUCGAGGGCAAGAAGUUUGUCGACUGGUUCUACGCGAUGAACCACCCCUUCUCGCGCGGGUCCAUUCACAUCACUUCCAGUGACCCCGCCAAGGCCCCACAAAUCGACCCUCGCUACUUUGAUCACGAAGCCGAGAAGGAAGUCGUGCCUGGCCCGGAGGUAGCGACAGACGAACAGCUUGUUGAGUUCGCAAAGAGCAUUUUCGUAACAACCUGGCAUACCUGUGGCAGUUGCUCGAUGUUGCCGAAGGAGAAGGGCGGUGUUGUUGAUCCCAGUCUCACGGUUUACGGUACCAACAACUUGCGUGUUGUCGACAUGUCUGUCGUGCCUCUGCACUUCACCGGUCAUACCCAAGCGUUCACGUACGCUCUCGCGGAACAAGCUGCCGACAUCAUCAAGGGUAACUUCACGGCGUAGAUGGUGGCUAAGCCAGCAUUUUCUUUCGGUAUCUUGUCAGUGUUCGGGAACGGUUUGGAGAGUUUGCGUGUCGAAGUUUUUGUGUAAGCUCAUGCUGGUCCUGGUGAAUUGACUCAUGUUUCUGUUGUUGGGACCCUUUCCUAAGACAUACCGUG